UAGAACCCGGUACAAGGGUUUUUGCUCGGCUUAUCACGGCACCACCGAGUCACCGACUGAGCUGCACGGCAGCCUUCCUCUUCUGUCGUCGGUGAAGGAGAAGAAGACGACGGCGGAAGCACACUCUCUAGCCGACGGAAUGGCGAGCACGGAGGUGGAGAAGACGGAGGAGGAGCUCCGCAAAGAGAUCGAUGAGCUCCACCGCCAGCAGCGCGAGAUAACAGAGCGGCUUCGAGACCCUAGAGGACUCCGCCGGGGCACCUUCUCCGGAGCCGGCCCUCGGAACGUCGCCGCCAACGGAGCUCGCCCCCGCGGGCUUAUCCGCCCUGCAGAUAGAGCUGAUAGGGAAGAUCAGCCUCCAUCUAAGAGGCGGCUCUUAUCGGCAGUUGUUAAGGUGGAGGAUGGAGAGAUCACUGAGGAUGCAGAAACAGCAAAGGAUGCAAAGAACGUUGCAUCUACAAAGGAGGGUGCUGUUGCUAGUGCAAAUGAUGGCAAAGUAUCUGAUUUGCACCGGGGUGGUGGAUUUGGAAGAGAUGGCAAUAGGCGAGAGCCGAAGACGGUACUUGAAGCACUGCCCUCUGAACAUGUUCCGAGGGUUUUACCGAAGAAUGAGGACCCAAGCUUGGUUAAUAGAAAUAAAAGAAUGUUGGGCCAGCUUCUUGGCACUUUAGAGAAAUUCCGGAAAGAGGACAUGAAACUUUCAGGAACAGAAGCAUAUAUGCGGCGAAAUAAUUCUUUACAAAGGGCCGAACAAAAGGCGCGUGAAGAAAGUGAAAAGCUGAGGCAGCAAGAGCGUGAACAAAUUGCAGAAAAGAGAAAGCAAGAUCUGACUCUCAGGGCACGAGUUGCUGCCAAGGCAGAGGAGAAGAAGUUGGAAUUGCUGUUUCUUCGGUGGAGCGAGCACCAGAGAAAACUUUGCAAUUUUAUAAGGACCAAAACAAAGCCCCCAAUAUAUUAUCUCCCAACUAAACCAGUGGAGGAAGAUGCAGCUUCUGCUGAGCAGGCAAGGGAGCAGACUUUCCUAGAGUGGAAGGCUGCUAGGAGGCAGGAGUUGUCCGAGUACCAGAAACAGAUAGGAGAGCAGUACAUUGCUAACGUUGAGAAGCAGCUGGAGAGGUGGCAAAACGCGAGGAAAGCGCGAAAAGGGAACAACAAUGAGGAUAUGUUGAACUUGCAAGAGACUAUGGACAAGGAGCUGGACACCCACAGGCUUGAGCAUGGUCCUAAGACAAGGAAGAUCCCAGGUAGUGGCAGCAACGAGGAUGAUGAAGAUGAUGUUGAGGACAUCAAUGCUGGGGAGGAUGACAUGAUGGAUGAUGUACUCGGUGUCGAGGACAACAGGAGAGCCGAAGAUCUCGGUAAGACAGAAUAAGCAGGUAAUAGAAGCUCAGAACCUUGAUGAUACCCCGGUCCAUUCGAGCCCGACAGCUAUGUAGUCCUCUUAUUUACUAGCCACAUGGCUCGUAGAUUACAGGUUUGCGUUUGUUUUUCUGAACAUUAGCUUUAUUUCCUAGGUUUUCUUUCUAGAGUAAUUAGGCUAUGUUUUACAUGAUAAAGAACACGCCGAGGCGGAUGAUGAUCCUCCUCAGAGUCGGAUGCUUGCCUUGUAUUAUUUGUGUUUUUGGCUUAGUAAUGGAAUGCGAUUCACUUCGGAGUA